AUGCCACUCAGGGUAGAAGCCACGCUCCACGGUCCUGAACCAAGUCUUAGCCUCUGCGAUGGGGCAAGGAGGGACACGACUCCUGCUUCCCCAUCCCUCUUGCAUGGUCCUGUGUCUCUGUGGAGUCCCCAGUCCACAGGGACCCUUGCAUGUGACUUUCAGCUAGAGCAGGAAGCUGAAGAUCAGAAGAACUUGCAUGCUGAACUCAGCGAGGAAAUUAGAUCCUUAGAGAAGUCUCAGAGGCAUCUGGAAGCCGCUCUCGCUCAUAAGGAUGAUAGGAUCAGUGCUCUGACCAAAUGCAUCAUACAACUGAAUCAGUUUGAGAGUGGAUCUCCAGGUCCAGGCAGAUGUGAGCCAGGUGAAUUAGCCAAUGCAGAAGUGGGAGUCCCAUGCAUGGGCCCACCACUGGGCUUCAGAGAGUACGCGCCCGGCAUGCUGCCCGGACGCCGCGACCUGCUGCUGCAUCCCUGCGAGUUCUUGCCAGGACCUGUGCCAUUCAGGCCUCCAGGCCCACUCGGCCCCCGAGAGUACUUCAUUCCUGCUCCUCGAAGGCCACCACCGCCCACCAGGCCCCAGGACUACCCACUGCCGCCUGCCGCAGGGGGGCCCCUGCUCUCGGAGCCCAAAGAGGCCCCAGCCUCGCCGCAAAGCAGCCGAGAACCUGCCCACACUCUGAGGCAGAACGCAUAAUGGCCCCACUAAUCAGAGGGCCAAGGUUUUUAUUGGUUUUGGAGGCCCAGUGCAUUUUAUCUAAUAUAGCAUAGCUAAGUGUAAAAUGAUUAAGAAUGUCAUAAAAGUGACUAUUUCCUGUGAAAUGCUCUAAGAACACAUAUUUCCAUGACUGUUGUUUAGUGUACCAGCUGAAUACAGAGCCGUGGUAUUUAUAAGCUUUACCCCUCCUGCCCCAUCCUGGUCAAAAAGACUGUUACUUAAAGAUGUCUGUUCAAAGGUCACCCGUUAUCCCCUCCCGCCCUGCUCAUGUCCUUUGUAGUA